UCUACCUACACUUCAAGUCUGAUGACUUUAAAUUACAUCUACAUUUCUUUUGGUGCCACGUUUAUAACUCUAGUCUGGACCAGAUUCACACACCCAAUUGCCUGCUCUGUGCUUGGGGGUCUGAUAGCAUCUCACAGCCAACAGACCCAGCGCUGAGCACCAAUAUUUCCUCUUCUGGGUAAAUGGCAACUUCCUUCAUCCAACUGCCAAGGCCUUCUUGGCCCCUCCCUUCUCAUUGGAUGGGAGGGAACCAUUAGGAACUCCUGUUUACUCUACUUUCAGAAUACAUUCAGAAGCUGAGACUGCAACUCUCAUCUAUGCCAAGAUCAACGAUAAUCUCCUAUCUUCUCUCCCUUUGCCCUGUGCCCUCUCAUUCUAUUCUCAACAGCUACCAGAGAGACCCUUUCAAAGCAUAAGUCAAGUUAUAUCACCCCUUAGCUUACCACAAGUAAAAGCUGAAAUUGUUACAGUGCUUGCAAGUCCUACCAGAGUCUGGGCCUGUUACCUGCCUGACUCAUCUUCCUUGGUUCACUGUUCCAGCCACACUGGUCUCUUUGCUCCUCAAGUACUCCAGGCAAAUUCCUACCUCAGGGCCUUUUGUACAUGUGAUUCCUCCUGCCUAGAAUGCUUUUCUCCAGAUAUUAUUCCUCCUUCCCUCAUAUCAUUACUAAAACGUUACCCCUACAAGGUGUCCGUUCCUGACCACUCUAUUUAAAACUCCCCGACACCUUCUCUUAUAUUUUCCUACUUUAACUUUCUCCACUAGUCCCAUCUAAUAAACUAUAUUUGUUUUUUUGUUUGUUUGUUUUGGAGGGGAGUUUGAGACAGAGUCUCACUAUGACCCUCUAGGUAGAGUGCCGUAGCAUCACAGCUCAGAGCAACCUCCAACUCUUGGGCUUAAGCGAUUCUCCUGCCUCAGCCUCCCAAGUAGCUGGGACUACAGGCGUCCGCCACAAUGCCUGGCUAUUUUUUUUGUUGCAGUUGUCAUUGUUGCUUAGCAGGCCAGGGCUGGGUUCGAACCGUGUAUGUGGCUGGCGCACCAUGGGCACUGAGCCAUAUAUUUGUUACCAAUUUAUUUUUCUCUAUCACCUUUCCUCCUCCACUAAAUAACAAAUUACAUCUGGCCAGAGGACUUGUUUGUUUUCUCAGUGCUCUAUCCUCACAGUCCAGAACAGUGCCUAGCACAGAGGAGGUACACAGUGUAACUGUGGCUGAAUGAAUGGACGGGAGAAUAAAGCCACAGAAUCAAACUUUCCUGAGUCCCACCUUACUUCUGGACGUCUAUGGAAGUCAAAAGCAUCUCAUUGUUAAGUCAGAUUGACUCAAGUUUUCUGUGUUCUAAUACUCUUCUUUUUUUUUUUUUACAGUUUCUGGCUGGGUCUCGGUUUGAACCCUCCACCUCCAGCAUAUGGGGCUGGCACCCUACUCCUUUGAGCCACAGGAGCCACCCCUGUGUUCUAAUACUUUCAACAGAUUGCCAGUCUAACUGAUGCUCAUGUGUUAAUCUUGUUUAAUUCUCAUACCAUUUCUGAGAGUUAGGUAUAAUCUGUAUUUUCUAGAUUUGAAGGGCAAACCCCAAAGAGAUUUAAGUUAUUUUCUGGAGAUCAUAGACUAGAAAAUCACAGAGGGCAGAUCCCCACCUUGUCUAACAGAUACUCCAGACUGACCUUCCCCAGAAACACCAGGGCUUCACUGAGUUGGAAUCACAGAAAUAGAAGGCCUGCAGGUUGGCAGGGAUCUUCACAAAAGAAACAUUUGCUUUGUUGAAAUCCACAGCUGUCAGAUGACAAAGUAACCUAGCAUUAACUGGUUUGUUUUAUCUUGUUUGGUUCCUGCAUGUUACCAUUUGUCCAUUUUUGUUUGCAUGUGUAUUACCUGUCUCUUCCCUUAGCUCCCAUUCUGUGUAUCCUCAGCACCGAACACAGUGUGCGGAGCAUUUUGUGCACUUAAUAAGUGAACAAAUUUAUUCAAGUAUAAUUCUGCUUAAUAUCACUAAUUCACUCAUCAAAUCCUGACUGAGUGCCCACUUUGUGCUAAGCCCUGUCCUCAUGAUGCUUACAAUCUAAUAAAGGAGACAGAUAUGAAAUAAUCGUAUAAUUAGAAAAACUGUGAUCAGUGCCAUAAAGGACAUGUACGGGGUACUGUAAAAGUGCAUAGCAGGCAACCCUAAUUUAAAUGAAAGGUGUCAAUGAGAGACUCCAGAGCUGAAGAACGAAAAGGAAGAGUGGUUCUCAGAGAGCAAAUAGCCUUCACAAAGGUUCUAAUGAGCUUUCUGCCUUGCAAGGACUGAGGACUGUGCCUGGAAUGCAUUUUUUCUUUUCUUUUCUUUUUUUUUUUUUGAGACAGAGUCUCACUUUGUCACCCUGGGUAGAACGCCAUGGCAUCACAGCUCACAGCAACCUCAAACUCUUGGGCUCAAGUGAUUCUCUUGCCUCAGCCUCCCAAGUAGCUGGGACUACAGGCGCCCACCACAACGCCUGGCUAUUUUUAGAGACAGCAUCUCACUCUUGCCCAGGCUGGUCUCAAACCCAUGAGCUCAGGCAAUCCACCGGCCUCGGCCUCCCAGAGUGCUGCAAUUACAGGCGUGAGCCAUGGUGCCCAGCUGAAUACAUCUUUUCUGUGGUGGCCUGCAUGUCCUAGGAUCUGCCAAGGAGGGAGGGCAUAGGCCAGACCCAUAAGGCCCACUGUUAGAACCAGCUCUGUCCUCAGUGUCACUAUGUCCAGAAAUUUUAAGCCUGGCUAUAGUUCCUUGCACCAAUAAAAUUCAGAGAACUGGUCGUUGAAAGUUGCUGUCUGGGAGCUGUUGGGAUGGCUGUAGAAGGGGCAGAAGAGGUUAAGGCAGGAUUCUGGCAAGAAGAGCUUUGCAGGAAAUGGGAUUUGUGUGGCGACAGCUAUGGUUUCACCUAGGAAGGUGAGGGUGGGCCACUGCCCACCAAUAGCAAUCUUCCUCUUCUCUGUAACCCUCCCCAUAUUCCUUAAGCUGCCCAGGCCCAAUAGAGGAGGCCUGGCCCCAAAGCUGCUUGCUGCUAGAAAUCUGGCUCCGAGUGAAGGAAGAAGUUAAGAAGGCCAGGCUGAUGGCCCAGGAGACAGAGCUGUGUUUAUCCAGGAAAAGAGGUAGGUCAUAGGCAGCUAAGGCCCUUGCCAGCUCCUCCCAGAAGGACUGGGCUUGGGGAGCAAACCAGAGAGGAAGCUGCUCCCCUCAGCCUCUGAACACAUCUUGGCCUGAGACCAGAAUCCAAAGGUGGCCCACAGGAAGAAAAGGAGUGGAAAGAGGAAUGACCCAACAGGCCUCUCCCAGCUGGCUGGCCAGCCCUGCACACACGAGAUGCGGUAGGGCUAAGAGGUGUGGCACCCCCACCCACGUCAGGACCAAAGGAGAGUGGUCCUCCAGAGGGGGAUGUGCGCCCCCCUCGUAGGUCCGGGGGCCCAGGGGCCCUCGCAGCAUCACCCACCCAGACUCCUCUUGUGUCCCAGCACUCCCGCCCGAGACGUGGGAUUUGGAGCCCCUCGGCCUCGCGGAUUUCGGAGUUUUAUUAUUCCCACCCGCCGCAUGUGGCUCUUGGAGAAAGCCGGCUGCAGGGCGGGGGCUGCGGAGCCCGGGGCUCGGUGGGCGCCCUCCAGCCUGUUCCCUAAGCGCCGCUCCCCGGACCCAGCCGCGCGGGCCUGCCCCAACGUGCUCACGCCGGAUCGCAUCCCGCAGUUCUUCAUCCCGCCUCGGCUCCGGGACCCCGACGCCGCCCAGCGCGCAGCCCGGCGGGACGCGACCGCGCAAGGCCUCCGCUCGGCCUGCUCUCUGCCGCACCUGGCGGGCCGCGAGGGCUGCGCCUUCCUGCCCGAGAGCCCGCACACGCGCCGGCGCGAGUCCCUGUUCCACCUGCCGCCGCCCGACCCGGCCCGGGGCCCCCCGGCGCAGCCCCGGCCGCACGCCUCCGCGCCGGACCUGCGCCUCUGCCGGGCCCCGGACAGCGACACGGCCUCGUCGCCCGACUCAUUGCCCUUCGGCUCCCCCCGGCGCCUGCUGCCCGGGCCGCACUCGCUGUCCCGGGAGGAGGCGAGCUCGGCCGACACCAGCCCGUGCGCGCCCCCACUCUUCCACCUGGACUUCCUGUGCCGCCCGCUGCGGCCCCCGCGGGAGAGCGUGCUGCGCCUGGAUCCCCGCGGCGGGCAGCUGCGGCUCUGCGCCGAGUACCAGGCCGGGCCGCGGCGGCUGCGGCUGCGCCUGGUGAGCGCCGAGGGCCUGCCCCGGCCGCGGGCCUGCCCGGGGAGCGGCGGCGGCGGCUGCUGCGUGGUGCUGCGGCUGCGGCCCGGAGUCCGGCAGCGGGCCCAGCGGAGCCGCGUGGUCAAGUGCAGCAGCAGCCCUAUCUUCAACGAGGACUUCUUCUUCGAGGGCCUCUGCUUGCCAGACCUGGCCGUCCGCAGUCUCAGAGCCAAGGUGCUGGACAGGGGCGCGGGACUCCGCAGGGACGCGCUCCUGGGGGAAUGCGAGGCGCCCCUCACUGCGCUGCUGUCCCCGCUGGGUGGGGGCCUGGGCCCGGGGUCCUCCCUGGCACCCUCCCACUUCAGCCUGUAGACUGAGGUUCCUCUGGAGUUCUCCACCGAGUCGGCAGUCCUCAUUCUUUCCUGCUGCCCAGCGUGUUUUUGCUAAUAAAAUGUCCGUUUGUCCCUA